CCAACUUCAAACAAUACCAGCGAAUGAGAAUCCUCGAUACUCGACAAUAUGAGCGACGACGAGGAAUUUGAGGUGGAUGGCCCUGAGCUGGCGGAGGAUGAUCCUAUGAGAGCAUUCUUGCCUCAAGUGUUUGGAAAGAAGAGUAAAGAGGCAGACGUCGCGGCGCAAAUAAGCAGGACGAAGAGGCCGGUCGACAAGGCGCCAGCGAAGAUAGAGGCUACUGGAGAGGAUGGGGAGGGCCAACAGAGGGUCGCGCAGGAGCCAGCAUCCAAGGAUUACGGCUCAGAUGAUGAUGACGAUUCAGACGACUCUAAUGCGUCCGAAGACGACGAGUACCCAGUCUCGCACGAGCUGGUACUGAAGACACACGAGCGUGCCGUGACAACAGCUUCCCUGGAUCCUUCUGGAGGUAGACUGGUUACUGGAUCUACGGAUUGUACGCUGAAGCUGCACGACUUUGCUUCCAUGACCCCGACCACUCUACGAGCCUUCAAAUCCGUAGAUCCAAGUGCCUCGAAAACCUCAACGAAUUCAGAAACCCACCCUAUCAAUCUUGUCGAAUUCAACCCGUUAUCAGGAGGGGCAUUCCUCUGCGUCUCGGCGCAUCCACAAGCAAAGAUCAUGAGUAGAGACGGAGAGGUUCUAGCAGAGUUUGUGAAGGGCGAUAUGUAUCUGAGGGAUAUGAAUAACACCAAGGGACAUAUUUCUGAGGUUACAACUGGCACAUGGAAUCCUGUGGACAAGAACUUGUGUGUUACGGCGGGUACCGACAGCACGCUACGGAUAUGGGACGUCAACCACAAGAGAACUCAGAAAGAAGUCAUCGUCCACAAAUCGAGGGCUGCAGGCUCUGCGGGAAGGACGAGAAUGACUGCGGUUGCCUGGGGAAGUCCAUUACAAGGAGGGCCCAACAUGUUGAUUGCUGCAGCUCUUGAUGGAAGUCUGGUGAUGUGGAGUGGGGACGGACCGUUUGCAAGACCAGCAGCAGAAAUAAGAGAGGCGCAUAAACCAAACACGUGGACGGGAGGAUUAGACAUCAGCUCGGAUGGCCGAAUGGUUGUGACCCGAGGUGGCGAUGACUUGAUCAAACUCUGGGAUACCCGGAAGUUCAAGGCCCCAGUUGUCACCGUAUCACACCCUUCGACAUCAGGCCAUUACGCCAUGACUAACAUCAAAUAUUCUCCUGCCUCCUCCAGUAUUGUCACAGGGUCGGCAUCUGGCCAUCUCCACAUCUUGAAUCCUGGAAAUCUCAAAGCCGAGCUUGUUACUCCAGUCACACCAGGAUCACCACUUAUCACAGUCCAGUGGCAUCCAAAGAUCAACCAAAUCGUCACAGGCUCUGCAAAUGCAGAAGUUCAUGUCCUCUACAACCCAAACACGUCCGUCCGAGGAGCCGUGGAUGUCAUGUCCCGCGCGCCCAAAAAACGGCAUGUCGACGACGAUCCAAACUUCACUACUGAUCAAUCCGUCGGCAUUUCAGGAGAUAGCAUCGUCACACCGGGCGGAGUCCUCACCAACUCCAACGCUUCGUCGUUCUCUGCUCGCCAUCCAACAGUUGGACUGACAGCAUCAGGCCGGUCCCGCGAUCCACGGAGACCGCAGAUACCUAUGGUGACUCCGUUUAUGAAGAGUCAGCCAGACGAAGCACAUAUUAACCAGAGUAUACCGCUCAGCAGUAUGCGAGACGAGGACCCCAGAGAAGCACUGCUUAAGUAUGCGGAUCUUGCGAAGAAGGAUCCUUUGUUUACGAAUGCCUGGAAGGAUACGCAACCAGUUACGCAGUAUGCAGAACUGAGCGAUGAGGAAGAGGAAGAGGGGCCAGAUAAGAAGAAAGUGAAGAGGUAAUUGGAAAUUGGCGUAUCGAUAGGGAAAUCGGAGGCACACUUGGCGUUCUGGCGAGGGGAAUUAAAAAAGUCUGAUAAAAGAGGGAAAAUGUAAGAAGACUGCAAUUUAUACCCGAAGGCGUUCCAAAACUGGAGAAGCGUAACUCAACAUGGGCAUGAAAAAAGGGGCAUCCAUUUCAAAUCCUCCCUUUUGGUUAUUCCUUCGAUCUAUGGUAGGUUCAAAGUCAAGUCUCUUUCAAUGUCCAUAAAGUUCUGCAACGGUUGAA